AUGCCCCCAAUCGCAUACCCACCCGCUGCGCAGCAAGCUCUGCUGGCAGACGCAAAGAAGCAGCAGGAAGCUGCAGCCGUGGCAGCACUCGCAAAACUAGCCGUUGGUGGUGGUGGUGGUGGUGAUGGUGGUGGUGCGGGUGUGGAGGCCGAGAGAGAGAGGGAGGCUCACAGGAAGCAGAUACAGGCAAUGGAAGAAGCGAUGAGAGAGAAAGAGAGGCACGUGCGGGAGCUUGAAGAGAAAGUGAGAGAGCUGGAGGGGAGGUUGAGGGAGAUAGAGGAGAGGAAGGAGAAGGAGGCGGGGGAGUGGAAGGAGAAAGGGAUGAAGGAGGAGGAGAAGGUGAGGGGCGAGCAGGAGCGGAAGGUGAAGGAGCAGGAGGGGAGGAUUGAGGAGCAGGAGAGCAGGAUUGGGAAGCAGCAGGAUAUUAUUGAAGAGUUGGAAGAUACAGUGGAUGCUCAGGAGGCGAAGCUGAAAGCGCAGGACGAGAGGAUUGAAAUGCAGGAGGGUAGUAUCAGGGUGUUGGAAAGUAAGGUUGAGGAGCAAAUGAGCACGAUCAGCGAGCAGGAGAGGACGAUUGAGGAGCAGAAGGGAAGGAUUGAAAGCCUGGGGAGGCAGGUGGGAGAAUUGCAAGGGAAGCUGGCAGAGGUUGAGGCGGAAGGGAGGAAGAAGGGGAGUGUUGGGGUGCAGAGGGAGGAGGAGGUUCGAGUGAUGGAGAGGAGGGUUUUUGAGAGAGAGGAGAGGCUGUUAGUGCGGGAGGAGAGGGUGAUAGAGAGGGAGGAGAAGGUGAGUGUGAGGGAGGAGCGGGUGGCGGAGAGGGAGGAGAGGGCGAGGAGGAAGGAGGAGGAGGGGGAGUAUGGGCGGCAGGUUGCUUUGAGCCAAGCGGUUGCAAGAGAUAAGGCACAGGGGAGCGUGGGGAAGGAGGUGCUGCAGAAGGAGCAGGAACUGAGGCAGCAGGCGCAGGACAAGGCGGAGGUGCUGACAGUGAAGGUGGCCGCGCUGCAGGAGGAGCAGCGGCAGGCGGAGCAGCAGCGCGCGGAGCUGGAGAGGAAGGUAGCAGAGCAGCAAGGGAACAUCCGCCACCUGCAGUCUUUCGCUGCUGAGACGUCCUCCACCUCCAAAGCCCAAGUUGCGAAGGCACAGGAAGAGAUCGAUUACCUGCGCGGACAAUUGGCGAAGGCUGCUCAGGCCGCAGUGGCCUCAAGGCACAACGCUAGCAGCAGCGAGGCAGAUAAGAAGCAGAUUGCUGAGAUGAGGACGCAGCUGGCAUCGGUGCAGGAGAAGCACCAGCGGGCACUGGAGGAGGUGAAGAGGUUGCAAGAGGUGGCUGAAGCAGAGAAGAACAAGGCGAGGGCUGCAGUGACCCAGCAGCAGCAGCUGCAAUCGCGGAUAUCAACUGAUGUGGCUGCAUGGACCGAUGCAACAAACCGGCUGCAGCAGCAGGUGGACAAGCUGAUGAGCGACAUGCGCGCGUUAGAAGGUUCCCUUGCUGCAGUCGAAGCGGUCGACAGGUGGACCAAUCACAGGGUGAAGCUGAUGCAGCAGCAGCAGGGGUUCACGUGCUCUGGCUGCCGCUCGUAUGGGAUUGGGCUGUCGUGGCGGUGCCUAGCACCCCAUUGCCCAGAUGCGUUUCAUGUGCAGUGCUUUGGGAUGAGAUAG